AUGAAGACAGUAAUUGUCAAAUCUCUCCUUCUAUUGGCUCUUGUAUGCAGCUGCAAAGCAGCAGAUUCAAUAUGGGACCUCUGCAACAAAAAUUCGAACGUCUCAAGCAGCAGCCAAAUCUCCAAGAACAUCGAUUCCAUUCUCGCCACGCUUGUCUCAAAGACUCCUUCAAAAGGUUUCAUGACCACAAGUUCCUCAAGUUACAACAACAAAGACAAUGUGUACGGUCUUGCUCAAUGCAGAGGAGACAUCAGCAAGACCGAUUGCUCGAGCUGCAUCCAAGACGCCGCCAAGAAAAUACGUGAAGUCUGUCCGAACCAGUCCGACUCAAGGAUCUUGUACGAUUUCUGCUUCUUACGUUACAGCCAAGAGAAUUUCAUAGGUAAGCUCGACACGGGUGCUGGUCUUAUAUACUUCAACGUCGCUAACGUAACCGAAACCGACCCCAAAACGUUCGACAAUGAGCUCGGGGCACUCUUUGACAGAAUCAGGUCUGAGGCGGUUUUGCCUAAGAGUCAAGGUUUAGGUAAAGGUAAGACAAAGCUGACACCAUUUGUGACACUAAACGGUUUGGUUCAGUGCACAAGGGACUUAUCCCAACUAGAUUGCGCUCAGUGCUUUGCGACUGCGGUCGGGAGCUUCAUGACGGCUUGCCACAACAAGAAAGGAUGUCGUGUUUUGUAUAGCAGUUGCUAUAUCCGGUACGAGUUUUAUCCGUUUUACUUCCCUCUUGAUCCGGCUAAGACCGGCCCUAGUGUUGGUACUAUUUCCUCCGUUAGGCUCUCUCCUUAA